UUUACGAGAAAAAAAAAGAGGUUCCAUCCCACAUUUGUUCUGCAGCUCACAUUCCUCGGCGGCGCGGCGACUUGGGCCCGGCCCAGAUCUUUUCCGAUUACAUUUCUGGGCGUACAUAAGUGGAUGGGUUGAGGACGAGGGGGCAGAAGGUGCCGCGCUCUCUUCUCCCACUGACUUUUGCUCCCGACGGAACUCUUCAGAAAGGAUCUCGGAGAGGAGGAGGACAGAUUUGAUUUUUCUCCCUUCUCCCGCCAUGUCUCUGAGAGGUGAAGUGUGCCUGGUGACGGGGGCCGGCGGCUUCCUGGGGAAGAGGCUGGUGCGGCUGCUGCUGGAGGAGGAGAAGACGGCCGAGAUUCGGCUGCUGGACAAACGCGUACAGCCGGACCUCCUGCAAACGCUGGAGGGCUGCCGAGGCGACACCAAGCUGAGUGUUUUCGAGGGCGACAUCCGGGACGGAGACUUCGUGAGAGACGCCUGUCGCGGGGCGUCGGUCGUCUUCCACAUCGCGGCCAUCAUCGACGUCAAUGAGUCGGUGGAGUACAGUGAAAUCUACGGGGUCAAUGUCAAAGGGACGCAGGUGCUCCUGGAGGCGUGUCUCCAGGAGAACAUCGCGUCCUUCAUCUACACCAGCACCAUCGAGGUGAUGGGACCGAACCCCCGGGGCGAGCCCCUGGUCAACGGCAGCGAGGACACGGUGUACGACUGCUCCCUCAAGUUUUCCUACAGCAAGACCAAGAAGGAGGCGGAGCAGAGAACCCUGCUGGCCCACGGCGAGGCGCUCCGGAACGGCGGCCGCCUGGCCACCUGCGCCCUCAGGCCCAUGUACAUCUUCGGGGAGGGCUGCAGCUUCCUGCUGAGGCACAUGGGCGACGGGAUCCGGAACCGGGACGUUCUGUUGCGGAUGUCCCUACCGGAGGCCCGCGUGAACCCCGUCUAUGUGGGCAACGUGGCCGCGGCCCACCUGCAGGCGGCCCGCGGCCUCAAGGACCCGCAGAAGAGGAACGCGAUGGGGGGGAAGUUCUACUUCAUCGCCGACGACACGCCGCCCGUGAGCUACUCGGACUUCAACCACGUCGUGCUGUCGCCUCUGGGCUUCGGCAUUCAGGAGAAGCUCCCGCUGCCGCUCGGCCUCCUCUACGCGCUCUGCUUCGUGCUGGAGAUGCUGUGCCUGAUGCUGCGGCCGCUGCUCCGCGUCACCCCGCCGCUGAACCGGCAGCUCGUCACCAUGCUGAACACGCCGUUCACCUUCUCCUACCAGAGGGCCAAGCGGGACCUGGGAUACGAACCCCGAUACAGCUGGGAGGAGGCGCGCAAGAACACCACCGAGUGGCUCGCGUCGCAGCUGCCGAAGGAGCGGGAGCGAAUCAGAGCUAAAUGAUUCGGUUGAAAGAUGUUGGCAGCAUAUCGACCGUGUCUCACGAAGUCACGUGUGUAAACAACAGCAAAUUGUUCGAUUAAAGCUACAGUGUGUAAGGUUUAGACGAACUUAUUCGCCAGAAAUUGGAUAUAUUGUCAAUAACUAUGUGUUCAAAUAUGUAUAAUCAUCAGGUGGACCCGACCUCCGUGUGAGUCUCCGUGUUUGCUACGUCGUGUUGAGUGCGGUUGUUGCACAAAACGGUUCCAGAAUACGGCGCACCGGAAUCAGCAGUGCGCCGUCAUAAAGUGUCCCCUGUCGGUCGCUCGGUUGGUUCCGGUUUGCGACUUUUACCACCAGAUUCCGCCAGAAAACUACAAAAGUGACACACCGUGGCUUUAAAGUAUUUUUAAAUUAAUGUAUUUGGCAAGUUGCAAAUAUGUUGAUACUGAACAUGAAAUAUUCACACUUUUUCAAAAUAGCCACUCUUGCAGUACAGUAUUCAUUCAUCCAUAAAAUGUCCUCAUUUCCUCUGCAGUAUCAUGUUUGUUGUUACCACGAUCUCACUGAGGAAACAGUUCAGUUGUAUAUGAAUGUAAUUUCUUGGAGACCAUAAACAAAUUUAAUAAUAAAUGUUUUUUGUAAUAAAACACGGUGAUGUAAGUAAUCAAUUCAUUGAUUACCUAAUUCAUAAUUGAUGCAUGACGCGUUGAAUCCACUCAUGAAUAAUGUUGGAUGAAAUCCUGAAUAAGUGUUGUCACUAUGAGUUCAUGUUCUCGUUAUAUUAAGUGUUAUUAGUAGUUAUUAUUAACUUGUGUAGUAAUUCCAUACAGAAAUGAAUAUGUGCCAUCAAAUCGGCUGCAAUCCAGUUACACAAGAAACUAAAAAAAUCUGAUCCAUGUCAUAUCCUUCAUAUUCACACAGAACUAUGGAAAUAUGUUUUUCUUUUUCACGCUCCUUGCUGACAUAUGUCUGUCCCCUGAUUUUUACCUGUACAUUUUUGUUUUUAUCGCACCUUGCUCCUCUUUCUUCUUUUGCCACACUUCUCUCAUCGACAACGUGAAAUAAUAUCUGAAUAAAACUAAAUGCGGCA